AUGUCCAAUUACGGGGAGAAAAUCUUCUGUCUGCUCACUGGAUAUAAGUUGAGACACACAGACAUCAUUCUCAACCAACUGGUCUUAGCCAACUCAUUAGUCCUGCUCUCCAAAGGGAUAUCUCAAACAGUCGUGGCUUUUGGGUGGAAGUAUUUCCUGGACAGUGCUGGGUGUAAACUUGUCUUUUACUUUUACAGAGUGGGCACUGGACUGUCCUUCUGCACUGUCUGCCUUCUCAAUGGCUUCCAGGCCCUUAAGCUCAACCCCAGCAUUUGUAGGUGGAUGGAGCUCAAGCUUCAAUCCCAAGGGUUCAUUGGCUUCUGCUGUUUCCUAUGCUGGAUUCCGAAUCUCUCAGUAAAUUCAUAUAUUGCUAUGAUAGUGAGGGGUCCAUUGAGUUGCAGAAAUGCGAGUGUGAGAACCAGCUGUGGACAGUGCUCCUGGACAAUGCCAGAGAAGCAUAGCUUGCUAUAUACACUCUUAUAUUUUUCCCUUGACUUUAUCAGUGUAGGCUUCAUGAUAUGGGCCAGCGGCUCCAUGGUCCUGGCCCUGCACAGGCACAGGCAGCGCGUCCAGCACAUCCGCAGCCACAGCCUCUCCCCGAGACCUUCCCACGAGGCCAGAGCCACACGCACCAUCCUGGUCCUGGUGAGCUCCUUCGCUACCUUUUAUUCAUUCUAUACUAUUUUGACAAUCUGGACGACUCUAGUAUCAAAUCGCCCAGUGGUUAGUGAACGGCUCUGUGUUUGUGGCCUCAUGCUUCCCGGCGUUCAGCCCCUUUGUGCUCAUGAGUAA